UCUCGUCUAGUAUCUUUUUUUCUUUAUAAUUACGCAUCAUUAUCCCUUAAUUCUUAAAGGGUCGCUGAUAGGGCAUAAGAUUGCGUUUCUAGAGCUUAUUUUUUUUUAUUUUUUUUCUCUUUUUUAUAAAUUUCUAGUUGCAGGUCAACUUUUAAAAUUUUUCUAUGGUUUUAAUGCAAAAGAAUUAUCUAAAAGAAGAUCAUCUUGAUGGGGAUUUCUAUGAAAAGCGGGUUCUGCCAGAACUUUACUUUUCAAAAUGUGAAACUCCGAGUUCAAAAUUUUUUUUAGACUAUAGCGACCAUUCGGAAGCAUAUAAACCUCAAAGAUAUAAAUAUGCUGAAAAAAAAGAUAAAGAAAAGUGCCUUCAAGGUGAAGUAAAUGAGCUCCUGCUUAAUAAGUGCAAUAUGACUAUGGACAAUUCGCUGUCAUCACCUCUUGUUCCAGUAGAGAUGUGUUUAUACAAAACCUGCCAUAUUUUUCCUCCAGUAGUUCGCUCUGAAGCAUUAGAUCCAUCACUUAUGGUCCAAAAUUUUGUAGAUCCUCAAUUUUUUUCUGAAAGGGAUAUCCAGGAUGCUUCUAGCAUUUCUAAUGAAAUACAACUGCUUUCUCCUCCAUAUUCAUCUAUACAAUAUGAUAAGAAUUUAUCAGCUAGUUUGGGUCAAAAUUUUUAUAGAGAACAACAUCAAGAAGGGUUAGAAAUUUUGGACAAUUAUUGUUCACACUUGCAAGACAACUUAAAGGACUCUAUUCAUCAUUUGUCUCCCCAAAUAUUUUCACCACCCAUGUCUCCACAAAAUAAUUCAAUUAUAGAUCUGGGAGGUACUUCUUACGGAAUAACAUAUCUUGAUAAGCCAUCUUUUAAUCAAUUUAUGGCUCCUGUACCAUUAGAUAACAAAAAUCAACAUAUAAUACCAUCAUCAAAUGGAAUAGUCAAGAAAUCUAUGACAUUUGGACGUUUUUCAUCUAGGAAAACUAUGGUCUCCCUUGAAGCAAUAUCCUCUUUUAUUCAAGGUCCAGAAAAAUCGGAUGGUAAAUUCGUAUGUCUCUAUAAUGGUUGUUUAAAAAGAUUUGGAAGGAAAUAUAAUAUUCAAUCUCAUAUACAGACACAUCUAUCAGACAGACCUUAUUGUUGUCCAAUUUGCCGUGCAAGAUUUGUUAGACAUCAUGAUUUAAAACGACAUAUAAAAAUUCAUGGUGACCAAAAACCUCAUGUUUGUCCUUGUGGAAAAAGCUUUGUUAGAACGGAUGCACUUAAGCGACAUAGAAUAAGAGGCAUUUGUAAAGGAUCUACACACGAAGGAAAGACAGCAUAA